GAGCAAGGAGUCAGAAGUGUUCUAUGAGCUGGCUCACCAGCUGCCCCUGCCCCACACGGUGAGCGCACACCUGGACAAGGCCUCCAUCAUGAGGCUGACCAUCAGCUACCUGCGCAUGAGGAAGCUGCUGGAUGCUGGUGAGCUGGAGACAGAAGCCAAAAUGGAGAAGGAACUGAACUGUUUCUACUUGAAAGCUCUUGAUGGCUUUGUCAUGGUUCUGUCUGAAGAUGGGGACAUGAUUUACAUGUCUGAAAACGUGAACAAGUGUAUGGGACUCACUCAGUUUGAGUUGACGGGGCACAGUGUAUUUGAUUUCACUCAUCCAUGUGACCACGAGGAGCUGAGAGAAAUGCUUACACACAGAAAUGGUCCUGUGAAAAAGGGCAAAGAGCAGAACACAGAGCGCAGCUUUUUUCUCAGAAUGAAGUGUACACUGACUAGCAGGGGAAGAACAGUGAAUAUAAAGUCUGCUACAUGGAAGGUGCUGCACUGCACUGGCCACAUCCGUGUGUACGACACGUGUGGGAACCAGACUCACUGUGGAUAUAAAAAGCCUCCCAUGACCUGCCUGGUGUUGAUCUGUGAACCUAUUCCUCACCCAUCAAACAUUGAGGUCCCCCUGGACAGUAAAACAUUUCUCAGUCGUCACAGUCUUGAUAUGAAAUUCUCGUAUUGCGAUGAAAGAAUUACAGAGCUGAUGGGGUACGAGCCAGAGGAGCUCCUGGGUCGCUCAAUCUAUGAGUAUUAUCACGCACUGGAUUCUGAUCAUCUGACCAAAACACACCACGACAUGUUCACAAAAGGACAGGUGACAACAGGACAGUACAGAAUGCUGGCCAAACAAGGUGGCUAUGUCUGGGUUGAAACUCAAGCAACUGUUAUAUACAACACUAAGAAUUCUCAGCCACAGUGCAUAGUGUGUGUGAACUAUGUGUUGAGUGGAAUUGUUCAAAAGGACUUAAUUUUUUCCCUUGGACAAACUGAGUGUAUGCUGAAACCAGUGGAGUCUCCUGACAUGAAAAUGACCAAAAUAUUCAGUAAAGAUGACCUGGAUGAUACCAACAGCCUAUUUGAAAAACUUAAACAGGAACCAGAUGCUUUAACUGUGCUGGCCCCAGCUGCUGGAGACACAAUUAUCUCUCUAGAUUUCAGCAGUAAUGAGUCUGAUGAACAACAAUGUGAUGAAGUUCCUUUGUAUAAUGAUGUAAUGCUCCCCUCAUCCAGUGAGAAAUUGCAGAAUAUAAAUAUGGCAAUGUCCCCACUACCUGCCUCUGAAACUACAAAGCCACUUCGUAGCAAUGCUGAUCCUGCACUCAAUAGAGAAGUUGUAUCAAAGCUGGAGCCAAACACAGAGCCACUCGAACUUUCAUUUACCAUGCCUCAGGUGCAGGAGCAACCAACCAGCCCUUCUGAUGCAAGUACCAGCCAAAGUUCACCUGAGCCCAGUAGUCCCAAUGACUACUGCUUUGAUGUGGAUAAUGAUAUGGCCAGUGAAUUCAAACUGGAAUUGGUGGAGAAACUCUUUGCCAUAGAUACAGAAGCAAAAAAUCCAUUCUCUACUCAGGAAACCGAUUUAGAUUUAGAGAUGUUGGCUCCUUACAUCCCGAUGGAUGACGACUUCCAGCUGCGCUCCUUCGAUCAGCUGUCCCCGCUGGAAAGCAGCUCCUCCAGCUCUCAGAGUGCAGGCACCAUCACCAUAUUCCAGCAGAGUCAGUCGGCAGCGGGCAGGGCUGAGGAGGUGAAGCCAGCAGAGCGUGGGGACGAUGUGAAGACGAUCGUUGUCCCUUCCUCGCCCAUGCGCGCGGUCCCCGAGUCCAGCAGUGCCCCCGCCUCGCCCUACGGCGGGGGCAGGAGUCAAACUGCCUCUCCCAGCAGAGCAGGCAAAGGAACAGUGGAUCAGGUGGAAAAACCUUCUCCAGGAGCACCCAGCUUGCUAACAGUCACUCUGAAUAAAAGAUCUACUGCACUGGAUGAAGAACUAAAUCCAAAGAUGCUAGCUUUGCAUAAUGCUCAGAGAAAACGAAAAAUGGAACAUGAUGGUUCACUUUUUCAGGCAGUUGGAAUUGGGUCUUUAUUCCAGCAGACAGGUGACAGUGGAGGAAAUGCAUCGCUUGCUUGGAAACGCGUAAAGGGAUGCAAAACAAAUGGCCACAGUGGAGUGGAGCAAAAGACAAUCAUUCUACUAUCAACUGACAUAGCAAGUAAACUUCUAGGGCAGUCGAUGGAUGAGAGUGGACUCCCCCAACUCACGAGUUACGACUGCGAAGUAAACGCUCCCAUACAAGGCAACAGAAACCUGCUACAGGGGGAAGAACUGCUCAGAGCUCUGGAUCAAGUUAACUGAGCUUUCACAAAAUUGCUCCUUUUUUGGACACUGGUGAAUCAUCACCUAAAGCAGUCUAUUUAUAUUUUCUAUAUCUGAUUUUAGAAGCCUGGCUACAGUACUGCACUAAUUCAGUUAGUUCAGUUUUGAUCCCCUUUCUACUUAUUUUGACA